AUGCCAGCCUCAGAACUGACUUGGGGUGGGACAGGGCGUAGAGAGAGCUGGCAGGCUCUUGACAACUUCCAAAUUACUCAGCUUCAAGACCAAGACCAGAAAACCGCCUCGGCAUUGGGCUUGUCCAAGUCCCCUUCCGACUUAUUAUCCGACGUCUAUCGUGGAAUCAAAAAGGCCAUUCCGACCCGUGAGGAUUCCUUCAGACUCGCCCGAUCGUCAUCGAGACGCGCUGUGCAAAUCUUGAAUACCGAUCCCGCGUUACGAACCGAGAACUUAACUUCAACAAAACACCCCCGGCGCCAGCAUGCUCGAAAUCUAAGCAUACAAGAUAGCCUCGAGAAGCCGCUCCCCGCGCCGCCACCGCCAUCUCUUUCGCCGCUAAGCCCCCCCGCACCGCCUACUCCUGAGAUAUCAAACAAUAUUACCUUCUUUAACAGUGACACUGAGGAUACAAUCAGUAUGGAAAAUAGAUCGAACACGAUGGACUCUAACGUCUCGGUACCCUUGGGUCAGUCGUAUAACGGAAGCAUUGAUACCAACAGUAGUCAGACAGCCCAUGGAGGGGGCAACAGAAUGGAUGUAGAAGGUCAAGGGGAAAAUCUUACUCCUCGAAGUAAUGGUCCACAGUCGGCCGGUCCCUCUCCUCAAGUCACCUCUGCCAGAACGCCGGCUCUUGGAUCGGCCGUUGGCACGUCAGCAUCCUCCGGAUCAUCCGCCCACCUAUCGGGUCUGAUGUGCAAUGUACAUCGAACCACCGGCCGGGAACCUCACCCUCUGGUGGGUGCUACAACUACGAUCUUAGGGGAUAAGUUAUAUGUUUUCGGAGGACGUAUCUUAUCGCGGAGUCGACCUGCACCAUUGACCUCGGACUUGUAUGAGCUGGAUCUUAUUCGAAGGCACUGGACCAAGAUUGAGACUACGGGCGACAUACCGCCUCCUCGUUAUUUCCAUUCCAUGUGUGCUUUGGGGGAUACUAAGAUGGUUUGCUAUGGAGGCAUGUCCCCGACAGCUAACCCUCAGCCUACAUCUGCACCACAAGACCAGCAACCAGAAGUUGCCGUGAUGUCCGAUAUUUAUAUUUACGAUGUUCUCACCAAAAAGUGGACGUAUAUUCCCACACAGGAUACACCACAAGGCCGUUAUGCUCACUGUGCCUGCAUACUGCCCUCAUCAGCCACCUUCGUUUCACACAAAGCCCCUCUCUCUGCUCUUCAACAUAACCCAUCCACUGGGAACCCUAACGAGGGCCGGAUCGGAAUCAACAUCGAUGGAACAGGAGGCGCUGAGAUGAUUAUAGUUGGCGGGCAAGAUGGUGCGAAUCAUUACAUUGAGCAAAUCAGUGUCUUCAAUCUCAGGAGUCUCAAAUGGACUUCGACUCAGCCACUUGGUAAAUCGUGUGGUGCUUACCGUAGUGUGGUAGCGCCUCUCCCUCCAUAUGUGAGUACCAAGAUUGGCAAAUCCAAUAAUGGAGCGUCACGCCAAGAAGGACCAACAAGCUCAGAGAACAAGGAGCCGGGUUCGUCUAUGCUGAUAUACUCGAACUAUAACUUCCUGGAUGUUAAAUUGGAGCUUCAGAUCAGGGGUCCAGAUGGCUCCUUAGCGGAAAAGCCCAUGUCAGGCGCCUACUCGCCGCCUGGCUUGCGGUUUCCAAAUGGCGGUGUCAUCGACACACAUUUCGUAGUCAGCGGCACGUAUCUGACCAGCUCAAAACAGGAAUAUGCGUUGUGGGCGUUGGAUCUUAGGACAUUAACAUGGUCCCGCAUCGAUGCGGGAGCUAGUGUUUUUAGUCAAGGUAGCUGGAAUAGGGGUGUCUUAUGGAAUAGAAGAAACACGUUUGUCAUUCUCGGCAAUCGUAAACGAAGCCUUGUCGAUGACUACAAUCAUCGACGUAUCAAUUUCUCGAACGUCUGCAUGGUGGAGCUAGAAGCGUUUGGAUUUUACGACAAUCCGCGCAAGACUUCACCCAUGUCAGGUUUCUUGUCUGCUAGCAGUCCGUUUGUGGCACCCGGCCUCAGUGUGGCGAGGAAGGCUGGUUGGACGGCAGGCGGCAGAUUUCUCUCGCGCGCAGCUGAAGACCUUGGAGAGAAGGCGCUGACGUUACGGGAAUUAGCGGACAUGGAAAUACUGUGUUUUAAUGGGGAGAGGAUACCAAUCAACUCGAGAGUUGUAGGUAGAAGAUGGGGGCCGUACUUCGUGCAGCUGCUUCGUGAGGGAGCCGCCACACAAGAUGGGAGUGAUGCGGUGACCUUAAGGACCGGUAUGUCUAGCCAGGCAGGCACCCGUAUGUCUACAAUGACUAUAACACAGUCGAAUCGAAACACAGGCGACAGCAGUCUGUCACUAGCAACAACUGUAGGGAACUCAUCUGCAGGCUCGAUAAAACCACCCAGCACUGCGGGCACAUCCAUGUCAAGUGGGAGUGGCCCAAUAGAUCCUAGUGUGAUCAACUCAGCUCCUACACCAGCAUCUCUACCUCCAGGCUCCCGGCCGCGAUGUCUCUACCUUCCACACACAUAUCCUACAGUCCAAGCGCUGCUUCACUUCCUUUACACAUCAUCUCUCCCAUCUCCAUCCUCGCCGCUUUGUACGCCGCAGAUCCUAUGCUCCCUGCUCCAAAUAGCCCGGCCAUAUAAGAUCGAUGGGCUAUUAGAAGCGGUUGUCGAGCGCCUUCAUACACUGCUCGAUUCACGCAACGCCGCAGCUGUGUUCAAUGCUACGGCGAUGGCAGCCGGCGGCGGUCGAGGCAUCGAUGGCAGUAUGAAUCCGAAUUAUUUCGUUGCGUUGGAGUCACCCCUGGUCGCGGCUGGUGGCAAUGACACACUCGGUGGCCGGUCCCAAUCAAUAUCGCAAGCCAGCAUGGACGAGUCGGUGCGCUCGAUGGACGGCCUCCGGAUCAAUACAAGCGUACCGAUUAAUCGACCCGGAAGCGCUGAACUGAGCGCAACGACUAGUGUCUCAGGAAGUGAAUGGGGUAGCGAGGUUGGAGAUAGUGAGCGUGGAGUCGUCAAGGAGGUUUGGACCGGCGAAUUGAGCAGUGUUAUUGGACUGCAAAAACGCGGUUUGCGGGGAUUGAUGGAGGGGAGACGGAUGCGUGCAACGGUGGACCGAGAACGUGAUGGAGGGCGAGGAGAGAGACUUGGGGGAUCUCGCGUCGGCCUCGGAAUUGCUGGCUCCUAG